CCAGCGCCCCCGGUGGCGGGAGCCGCAAGCUGAGCUUCAACAUCGGCAAGAUGGAGCACUCCGAUUUAGUCGCCGAGAUGGCUCAGGUCGAGCAUCUCUCCACACAGGACCGGUUGCAUCUCGCGCGCAUGCGCCGAGCACAGCAGCUAAAAGUUGCAAAACAAAAAGAAAAAGAAUGGUUGAAGGCGCAGCGAAGCCGCGACCGGAUGGGGACGCAAACGUCCUCCUACAAGCGGCACAUUACGUUCGAGGAUAGCGUCGUCCUGUUGGAGGCCGCCGCUCGAAAUGAUAUAGCAGAGGUGGCAAAGCUGCUCCAGAAGGGCGUCACGCCGGAUGCAACGAAUAUGGACGGCUUAACGGCACUGCAUCAGUGCUGUAUCGACGACAACGCGGAAAUGCUGAACCUGCUGCUCGACUACGGUGCGAACGUAAACGCGCAGGACAGCGAACGGUGGACACCGUUGCACGCUGCCGCCACAUGCGGACAUCUGAAUCUGGUGAAGAUACUGAUAGCCCGCGGUGCCAACCUGCUGGCGGUGAAUGCCGACGGCAACAUGCCGUACGACAUCUGCGACGACGAGGAAGCGCUCGAUUACAUCGAAGCGGAAAUGUCGAAGCGUGGUGUCACGCAAGAACUGAUCGACGAAACGCGCGCCGCCACCGAAACGCAAAUGCUGCACGAUCUGCAGGACAUGGCCCUGCAGGGUGGAGAUCUAGAGGUGCCCGAUCCGCAGGGUGCGACGCCGCUCCACAUAGCAUCCGCCAACGGGUACACCCGGGUCGUCGAGUUCCUACUGGAGCAUCACACUUCAACCGAUGCUGUCGAUAACGAUCUCUGGACACCGGUACAUGCUGCCGCCUGCUGGGGACACCUAGAAGUGCUGGAAAUGCUUGCCCAAAGUGGAGCCGAUUUGAAUGCCAAAAAUAAAAACGACGAAACGCCUUCCGAUAUUUGCGAAGAUCCAGAAAUACGAGAACGAAUAGAGCAGCUCAAGACCGAGCAGGAAAGCAAACGAUUAGCGGAAGCACAACGCAAACGAGUCCGGCGGUCGCAGAGCAACAACACGAGGGCGCAAUCCGUGAGACGAACAUCACUUCGAGAUAAGGGACUAACGACCAAAAAGGAUGCUGUGGAAGAAGCCCGCUUCCGGCUACAGGCGCAGGAGGGCUACACAACCCCAGAUGGCGUGGCAGCAGCAACGGCCACCGCAACAACGAUCGCAACCGCAGCAAACGGUGACAAUAACAAUCAGUCAUCGUCCGCCUCGGUUUCAUCCACCGCCGUGCGCACUAACGCGUCCUCCCAGCAUGCCACCAACACGACCUCCUCCUCCGCUUCCUCCUCCUCCUCCUCCACCACCACCUCCACCUCCGCGACCAUCACAAGCACGACCAGCAACAACACCGGCACGACCACGAGCACGACCAUCAUCAGUAACGGCAAUAGCAAUAACAAUAACCUCCCUCAUCACCAUCAUCACCAUCACAACGGCAGCAACGGGACCUCGGUGGCACACCUGAACAGCGUCAACAACAACAGCCUCCCGAACGGUACGACCGGUGGUGGUCCGAUCCUGAAUGGUGGCGGUGGAGGUGGUGGUGGAGCUGGCACCAUCAGCAGCAACGUGCGCCACAUGAACAACAUCAACAACAACCAAAGCAACCUGCUGCAGCAGCAGCAGCAGCAACAUCAACUCCAUCGCAUGAAGAACGGUUCGGGUGAGCAUCACCAGAUGGCGCCACUGGGCGGUGGAUCGCCAACGCUCAACCAGUACGAUCGGCGCUCGCCGGACGGUAAGGAUAACGACGAGACGUACCUGAUCGAGUCGAAGGGCGCGAACGGCCCGCUUGCGGGAGGUGGCGGUGUUGGUCUAGUCAGCAAUAGCAAUGGCAUGGGUGUCGGUGGCCAUCAUCAUCUGCACCAUCAUGGAUCGGUUAACAUUCCAGCCAAUGGCGCCCUUUCGGCGGCUGCCGCGACCGCAAGUUCGGGCCCGGGCGGCGUUACGGGUGGGACGACGGCCACCUCCACCACCACCGCCGCCGAGGUGUACUCCACGUCCAACAGCGAGAACGGCAAGAUCAACGUCCAGGUGACGGUCCUAGUCGAUCCCUCUGUCGCAGGAACGCUGGCCGAUCUGAAGAAGCACCGCUCGCAGAACCGUUCCAGUGUGAGCCCGGAAAAUGGUUCCCUGCUCAGUGGCACAGCCCCCAGUCUGACCGGAAGCAUCGGCAACGGAGGUGGCUCGACCACCCCCAAUGGUGGCGGUGGCUCCGGAACUCCUCUCGAGCUGUCGCUCGUAUCCAACGAACUGCAGCAGCACCAUCACCAUCUGCAUCAUCCGCACGCAUCGCCCCACCUUAACCAUCGCCAGCAACAGCAUCAUUACGGUGACGGCAGCAUGCUGGGAACGGGGAACGGAUCCCUGCACAGCUCGGUGGCAGCGAUCGGUGUGGAGAGCGAAUCGGGCACACCCGGCGGCACGCUGUCGAAGUUUAGCGGCAACACCAGUGACGUCGUGAGCGACAGCACCCGGUCCCGGCGAUGCUGUGUUGUGAUGUAA